AUGACGUCAUCUCUUUUAUGUGACGGCUGUUCUGGGCUCGUAAAAGAUCUCUUUAUGUGGAAAGAUGUGGACGGAACGGCGAAAACGGUUGCUUUACGUGGAUAUCUCCGAUGUCGUCAACAACCAUAUACUGAGGGAAAAUUGAAGCUUUAUGAUCAUGACACUUAUUCUAUGGACGAAAAGAUGAGCGAGACCGUUUACCCAGAUAAAGAUGGUCAUUUUUAUAUAAAGGGAACAGGUUAUGAAGAAAGAUUGAAUCCACGUUUGUACAUCUAUCACAACUGUGGCUCGUUGUCGAAGUGGUGCUACUAUAAAACAUAUUUCGCAAUACCGCAAAGUCGUCUAGUUCAUGGAGAAUUCGUUACGACGUAUUUUAUU